CUUGUAUGCAUUUCUGUCUUGAUCUCUUCUAAUUCUGCAACUGCUACUUCUUUAAUAUUUUCUCAACUAAUUUUCAGUCUUGAUUCUUCCUUAAGCUCUUCUACAACCUCUGUAGACAACAGUAUUCACAUAACUGUUCUACUUGAAGACACCCAUCACUCCUACGAGCCAGUUGACGAACUCCCACCAUACAGUGAAGAAGUAAUCCACCAAACACCACCUGCAACCCACGAUACACCUUCUUGGAUUAUUGGUUUUGAUCAACAAGAUAUUUUAGUAUCUCAAAAUAAUAGUAAAGAAGAAUUAGAAUCAGACUCAGACCACGCAUUAGAUAUCAACCUAGAAGACUUUUUCUAUACUGCUCCUAUAUAUUCUCUUCUACUACCUCUAGUACAACUACCUGUUCAACCUUUUAUCCAACAUUUUGUCCCUCCUCCUACCUAG